AUGAAAAGUUAAUUAUAAAGAAGUUCAUAUGGGGAAUUAUCAUCAAUUCGUUCCUAUCCUACUGAGAAAUUGAAUACUCAGUCUGAUAGUGAGUUGGUUGAAGUUGAUAUGGACAAACUCAAUUUUCAUUCAUUUUACUUACCCUUUGAUCCAAUUCAAUCAUAAUCUAACUAAGUUGAAGGUGAGCUUUUUAUUCGAGAUUUUAUUAAAAAGUUGAUUGCCAUAGUCUCAAAAAAAAUCAAUGAAAAUGAACAAAUUAAAAUGUUACCAAUAAUUGGUUACUAAUCAUCAAUAGAUAGAAUGACACAUCCUAUUCAAUAAUACUUUCGAUAACAUGAAGAUCCAACGUAUGAUAAUUUAACUGGAGGAUUAGAGGAAGAUGAAGAACCUGUAUUCAAAGUUUCUAAUUGAUAGGUUAGAUUUCAACAGGAGUAAUGGUUGGUAUAAAAAGUUAGUCUAAUACCUGGAAGGAUAUUAGAAGUAGAAUAAUAAAGUACAAAUUCUAAUCGCUAAUCUUUAACAGCCUAAACUUUUAUGAGAUCUAGAGUCUUGAUUUAAGUAUUCUAAAAUUAUUCCUAUAUAUUAGGAUUAAGCAUAAUUGAAUAAUUAAAAAAAUGUAAGAGAUAAAGAAAAAUUACCUGGAAUUGUUGAUCUCAAUGAUCCUUUAGAUAUAAGUUUGACAGAGGAGUUAUUAAGGGCUUAAAAGGAAAGAGAUUAUAAAAUUAAAUAAGAAUUGAAAGAAUAAGAAAGAAAAAGGAAGUAAAAAGAAAUGGAAGAACAAUAAUUGAAAUAUGAUCUGAUAUCCAAAGAUAAAAAAUCAAAGAUGUAUACUUAUGAUUAUGAUGGGAAACUAAUUUCUGUUAUAACUUUAAAAGGCCAUAAGUUUCCACCAACUACUGCAACAUUAGGGUAUUAAAAUUAAUAAUUGAGAGAUCCAAAUUUGAAGAUGGUUAAACUAAAAUAAAUAUGUUUAAUAAAAGAAAAACUUUUAUUUAAAAUUCAGGUUCUUAAGUUAAAAAGAAAUAAGAAGAUGAAAAAGACAGAGAUCCUAAAGAUCAAGUUAAAUUUUAAUCUCUAGCUCCACUUGUUAAUGAAAAUAUGCAUUUACAAUAAGGAGUUCUUAUAAUUUAAGAAGGAAGAGUUAGAGAAGGACCAAAGGAUUAGCCAAUUAAUUUAGAUAAAAUGAAUGAUCCUGCUUUAAGAAUGGUUAGAAAUGAAUAUCUAUCUUUGACAUAACAAAUUAAUGCUUCUCAUAAUUAAUCAUCAAUAUAAUAAGUUAAAGCAGAAGAUGCUUAAAUUAAAGAUUUUACUAAUGAUCAUGAUAAAAAAUAAAUUCUCAAUAGAAUUCGUAGAUUAAGUUAACCAAGUGUUACAAGUGAUGGGAAUAUAAAGUAAUAACUAUUUACCUAUAUCUCUCUUUAGGAUAAACUCGAUGUAAAUUUAUGAAUAGGUGGCCUAAGUUAUUUUUGAAGAUAAGGAAUAACAUCCAAUACCUAUUAUUAAACAAAAUAAUAAUAAUAACAAAGAUAUACAAAUGAUAAAAUCUCCUACUGAUCAAUAUAAUAUAUCAUUAUAUAAAAAUACAUCUUGGGGAAAAGAAGUACCCUCUACUUAGGGUAAUACUACAAAACUGAAAGGAAGUAAGGCUAAAGUAAAGUAAUGCUUUUUAAAUAUAUAAUAGAGAUAUUUUGUCAACAGUUGGAAUUGUGGUUAAAAGAACAAGAGAAAGAAGAGGGAAUUCAGAGACAACACAUUUACCAAAAAUGAAAAAUAUUUCUCAAAUUUGA